AUGAUCGCGCUCGAGCUCUUUUCGCUUGAGCGAGUGGAUCGAAAGGAAGCGUGGCGCUUUGGUCAAGAAGGGAACGAGUUGGUUGUGGUGACGGACGAGCUCGUUGUAGUGUGUGAUGCCAAAACAGUCCAGAAAGUGGUCCGCGACUGGACGCUUCGCGCCGAACUUGACUUGUCGUUUUCGGCAGCACCAGAGUCGGUUUCAGCGUUUGUUUUGGGCUGCGGAUUCCGCAAAGAUGCGGCCGAGUUUGACAAAGUCUCGCGGCUGCGCCCAAGCGAACGACGCCUCAAGGGUGCAGAUGAAGCGGGUCUCCGAGAGGCGGAAGAUGAACCUGUGAACAGCCCCAUCACGGCUGGUGUGGAACGUCCCGUCCUUUGCAAUGCAUUAUCGUCGCCGUGUGACUAUUCCUUCAACGUUGACGAGGGUUUUGAACGGAAGGCGACGCUGAGAUGA